AUGUAUAUUACCUCAACAGCUGAUUUCGAGGCAAACUCAUAUCAUGGAAUGUCGGCUGAUAUUCUGACCACAAUGCUUUCUCAGGAUACCAAUCUCUUGCGUCUUCUUACCCAUCGGUGGGUUACACAGUUGCUCUCCUCUCACGAAUACGCUGUUACCCCUAAUCCGACUCUUACGAGGCUGGACUGUGAAUACAGAGUAGGCCUGUCGGAAAGCGAAUGCCGCCUGGCAGCUAGAGCCGUCCUAAUACCGGUCGAGGAUACUUUGGGACCGACAAUCCGCAUGUCUUAUCGUCAACUUAACGUAGGAACUGAUCCGGAUAGCCAUCUUCGUCUUUCUCAAUAUCAAUUGAAGUCAUCGUUAUCACCGACAGCGGCAAUGACUACUCGACACUGUCGUUUUGUCUCACCAACACAUGCCGUCGUCUUCUACGAUGAAUGGACUCGGCACUACGAGUUGCUCAACUAUAGCGAGCAUGGAACCCUUGUGGAUAGUGUGCUAUAUUCGAACGACAUAUCAGAGAAACCUAUCUGCCAAUUAAAGGUAUAUUAUCGUUGCUAUGACGUACAAGAUAUUGUGGACCCUCGUUUGAUUGCGGUUUCAUUCCUAUGCAUAGAGUUAGUUUUCAUUCGUUAG